UAUAAUUUAAUAUACAUAUAUAACAUAUGUCAUUACAAUGUCAGUUUUGUUACAUUAUUAGUACAAAAUCAUAAUAGUGUUGAUAUGUGACAUGUUAAAUUAAUUUUAAAUUUACGAUUAUAUGCGGAAGAGAUUAUAAAAGAUGGACAAAAUUUCUCGUAUAUAUAAAAUUGAAAUACCUAUAUUAAUUCGUGUUUUCUGUAAAAAAUAUAAUCAACAAAGAUGUAAAUGUACAUAUUACGAAGAAUUGCAAAUAUCUCGAAAUGCAACUCAAAAAGAAAUAAGAGAUGCCUAUAUUAAAUUAUCAAAACAAAUGCAUCCUGAUAAUAAUAAUACUGGAAAUCAUGAUGAUUUUGUAAAAUUAAAUGAAGCAUAUAAUAUUUUAAGUAAUGAACAAAGUAAACAUAUUUAUGAUAUUGAUUUAAAAUUUAAUAAUAUUUAUACACACAAUUUUCAUGAAAACACUAGAUCUAAUAAUCAAUAUUAUCAUGCAUAUAACGUAUAUUAUUCAGCAGAUGAGAAAGAAAAUUAUGAAAAAAAGAAAAAAAAGACAACUAUCUUUUGUAUGUUUCUUGUAAUUAUAGGAACAUUUUUUCAAAUAAUUCGUGUUAUUUCAUGGUCAGAUCAUAAUAAAAGUGCAGCAUUACAAAGAAGUGCUGAAAUUCAAAUGGAACAUGAACAAAAUAUGAAAAUAUUUGAAAAUAAAACAUUUGAAGAAAAAGUACAAAUUCUUAAUAAAUUGAUUAAAAAUCACAAUAUAUCUGUAGAUGAUCCAUAAUAUAUGAUCCAAAUGUAUUUAUUUAUUUUUUAUUGUAGUAAAAUUCUAAAAGCUAUUUUUUAUAGAAUUAUAAAAUAUAGAAUUAUAUGUUUGUAUUUGUUUUUAUAGAAAUAUAUUUGCAAUGCAAAAAUAUGUUACAAUUGUGUACAAAUUAGAAAAUAUUAUUUUUUUAGAUAGAAUAGUUUUAAAUGUAAAUAAUUUUAAAAAUAUAUAUAAUAUAUAUAAAGAAAUUAAUAUAUAUAUUAUAAAACAAAUCUAUUAUUUUAUUUUAUAAGAUUCUAAAUUUGAUUUGAAUCUACAUUUUAAAUAUCUAUUAUUUUAUUAUAUUUUAUUAUAUGAACAAAAUUUUUAUUUAAAAAAUCGAAAAUAUUCCAAAUUAUUUAUAUAUAAAUUAUGCUAUAUUUAUUUUCGUGUAUAAAUUCAUUACAUAUAAUAAUAACAAAUUCAUAUAUAUUUUAAAAAUAUCCAACAAAGCAAAAAUAUGUAACUAAAUAUAUAUGUUUACAUUUCUAAUAAUGCAAUAUUCAUUUAUAGUUUAAUGCAAUUAUAUUUAUUAACGUGCGUUAUAUAUUAAAAUAUUAUUGCUAGCAUUUUGGCACGAUUCAUUAUUGUAAUGUCAUGAACAAAUUAUUGUAUUGUAAUAAUUGUAUUACAUUUUAAUUUGUACAAAAGUAAUAAAUAAAUUAAAGAAACAUUAGAAAAAAA